GUUAUCCCCUACGGCCAGUCACGUCUGACUUAUACAUACCUGCUGGCUCUAUCAUCCACCAGCCUAUGACAAUCAAACCGAAAGCACUCAAGGCUUGAUAAGUUACAUGUUUGACUGGAUCUCAUUGACUUCCAAGGCUUUAUUGCUCCUUAUACUUGUUUACUCGUCGUCUUUCAUGUUUUCGUCAAAAAAAUGGAGUCCAAAGGGGUUGCACGUGUAUAUCACAGGCGGCAGUCAAGGUCUCGGACUUGCACUCGCCAAACUCGUCGCGCGGAAAGGUGCCCACGUUUCUAUAGUGGCAAGAAACCAAAGCAAACUCGACGAUGCUUUAAAAGAACUCGAGGCCAAUCGCCAAAGCCCAGACCAAGUAUUCAAAGCCUUUUCAUUCUCCCUCAAUACCGCAGAAGAGUCUGCUGCCGCUCUCCAAGCUGCUAGUGAUGCCCACGGCGGCCAAGUCCCAGAUGCCGUUUUCGCAUGCGCAGGUACUGCAAAACCGAUGUUUCUUCUCGAAAUGCAGCCAGAGGACCUCUCGCGCGGAAUGGAGAAUGUGUACUGGGUACAGGCGUGGACUGCAUUCGCUGCUGCUAAACGAAUGGUGCGCGAGAAUAAGAAGGGGAAGAUUGUACUGGUGUCUUCGACACUCGGAUAUAUGUCUCUCAUUGGAUAUUCUUCGUAUUCGCCUGCAAAGCAUGCUCUGCGUGGACUGGCUGAUUCGUUGCAUUCAGAACUGAUGCUCUAUGGCAUCGAUACUCACAUAUUCUUCCCUCCGACAAUGUAUACACCUGGUUUUGAAGAAGAAAACAAGACGAAGCCGGCUAUUACUAGAGCGAUUGAGUCGGCGGAUGAAGGUCUGACAGCGGACCAAGCUGCUGCUGGAUUGCUCUCAGGUGUCGAGAAAGGUUACGCACACAUCACUGCUGAUUUCAUCACAAGUAUGUUCCGAGCUUCGACGCGUGGCUGUACGCCUAGGAGUAAUGCUGCUCUCGAUUUGUGUUGGAUUUGGUUGCUCUGGUAUGUUGGGAUACCGAUUUGGAGACGUUCGGUUGACAAGCAGGUACUUGCGCAUCGCGUUGAACAUAGGGAGUACUUGAGGAACAAGGGAUUGGUCGAUUGAAGUUGGAGUGUUGAGUUUGCGGAUAUACCUCAUGGUAGCUUUGCUUCCGUGCUGUGAUCGACUGCGCACGGACAUGUUUAUCCUCCAUCUUAGUUUUCCCCAUAAUUUCUUUUAUGAGUUUCUCACGUUUGAACUAUGCAACGUUUAAAGUUU